GCGGCGCGGCGCGGGAAGGGUUAAAGGCUGGGGCGCUAAAUCCGCCCUGGAGCAGGCGGGGCCGAGGAGCUUUCCCGUGCCAGGCCGGACACCUGGGUCCCCAGCCCGGCCCGUGCACAGGGCGGGUCCCCGCUGCAGCCCGGGGAUCGGUCGAUGAGCGGGGCGCAGGGGAGGGAGAGAAACAGCCGCGGAGAUUGUCUGUCUGAAGAGACACGCCCGGUCUGUCCCUUCCCUGCUACCACGGACCCCGCCUUGCCCCAGACCCUGGCAAUGGCUGCAGCGGGGCCGGCGCAGCUCCAGGUGGCGUUCGAGGACGUCGCUCUGUAUUUCACCCGGGAGGAGUGGGAGCUCUUAUCCCAGCCAGAGAAGCAGCUAUACCGGGACCAGAUGCUGCGGAAUUACCGGGCCCUCGUUUCCCUGGGCUAUUCAGGUUCCACACCGGACUUAAUCCACCGGAUCGAGGUAGGGGAGGCAGAGCUCUGGAUCCAGGAUGCCGAGAACUCCAGGGAAAGCUCAGGGCCUGAGAGCCCCUCCCGAGCAGGGCACGGGAUCCCGGGAGGAAUGAGGAGACGGUCUGAAUGUGGGGUGAGUGUGGGAGGAAAGCUGGAUCCCACAGCCCACGGGGGGAACCGUGGACAGGAUGGAGUCAAUCCCCAUGCCGAGUGUGGGGAUGGACUCAGCCAGAGACCAGAACUGGCUAAGCACCAGAGGCUUGCUGUGGGGCAGCAAUCCCAUGGCUGUGUCGACUGCGGCAAGAGGUUCAGCAACGCCUCCGCACUGAGCCAGCACCGGCGAACGCACAGCGGGGAGCGGCCGUACCGCUGCGCCGACUGCGGCAAGGGCUUCAUCAGAGCCUCCGCACUGAACCAGCACUGGCGCACGCACACCGGGGAGCGGCCCUAUCGCUGCACCGACUGCGGCAAGGACUUCGCUCAGCUCUCACACCUGUCAGCACAUCAGCACACGCACACUGGGGAGCAGCUGUACCGCUGUGCUGACUGCGGCCAGAGCUUCUGCUGGGCCAAGUCUCUGCACCGGCACCGGCGCACGCACACCCAGGCGUGGCCGUACCACUGCGCCGACUGCAGCAAGGACUUCAGUGAUGCCGCCUCGCUGAGCCGGCACCGGCGCACGCACACCGGGGAGCGGCCCUACCUCUGUGCCGACUGCGGCAAGAGCUUCGGCAACGCCUGGACGCUGACCCAGCACCGGCGCACGCACACCGGGGAGCGGCCCUACCUCUGUGCCGACUGCGGCAAGAGCUUCGGCAACGCCUGGACGCUGACCCAGCACCGGCGCACGCACACCGGGGAGCGGCCCUACCUCUGUGCCGACUGCG